UCGUCUAUUACUCCGGGCCAGUUGGUGGCGUGGUGUUCUACUGCAAGGGUGGGAACACUACAGCAGACCGCUCUGUUUGUUGUCGUUUGAAGCAACAGUAAUGUGUUUUUACUGAUGACCUCGUGAUUUACCAACGAAAGGUUUCAAGUGAAGUGGAAUUUUCAACUGAUUUAAAAUUAAGGCUUAGGGACUGAAGUAAAAGGUACAUUAAUUGCGGCAAUACUACGGCAUAGAUCCCUAAAGAAAGGUAAGACAUUGCAUCAUGUCUCAGAACCAUCCAUAUAGAAGUUCGCGGACUGGAUACAGAUCUCAAGACGACUUCUAUGAAGACCCCGGUUCACAGUACACUGGGCAGAGAGAUGUUUACCAAAGACCUGAAGACCUCCCUCACCCCCAGAGUUACCAACCUUCCAGCCGUGACCAACCUUCCAGUCGUGCUAUGGAAACCCACACAUCUUUGAGACCUGAUGUCCUCAAUAUUCUUGAUAGCUGUGGGCUAGAGCCCAGUGACCUCUCUCUCCUCGCUGAAAUGCCAGAGGACCUCAUCACCGUUGAGACCCUACCCCAUCUGCUGAAAAAGCUGAGGGACAGUAAAAAGCCUGGUCCUGUGCCUCCUGCUUCUGCCUCCCAUUUCACCACCAGUGCUCCAGGACCAGCACCUCUGCCAGCCUAUGAGAGGAAGCGGCUUUCUACUUCCACAGAGUACCGGCCAGUUCACUCGCCUCAUCCCGCUCCUGCCAGCUCACGCAAUCUCAGAGAGACGUGGCAAGAUCACAACCUUGACCAAAGGCAUACCAGCGUUUCUGCUCACCAUUCUCGACAAGGGGUCACCUCUAGCUAUGCGGUAGAGUAUGGUCAUUCUAGACGUGAAAAUUUGCAUCAUGACCAUUCUGCAAGCUACAGCGCAGAACCAAGACAGGGCCGCAUUUCAGCUUCUUCCCGGCGUGACAUUGACUACCGACAGAAGCCUGUGGUUGAUGAUGGUGAACCACCGUAUUUCCCGAAGAAGGACGUGCACCACACAUUGCCAUCGAAGAAAGAGGCAUCAGAUUUUCAUGGCAGAACUCCAUCUGUUUUCCCAUACGCCUGCCAACUCUGCAACAUGGUUGUACUUUCUAACAAGGACUGGAAUCAACACGUAAAUACUGCUCAACAUGCUGACAGUCAGCUCAAGCUGCUGCAGAGGUAUCCAGCAUGGGACUGCCACAUCAGUUCAGUCAGAAGCGGGGAUCCUCCUACAAGACCAACUGCCCAUGAUCGUGCAAAAACAACUGCCCAUGAUCGUGCAAAAACAACUGCCCAUGAUCGUGCAAAAACUGCAAGACCACAGAAGAGAUCUAGCCAGUCCAUUGAAGGACCCCCUAAAAAUGAAAAAAGACCCAAUCUGAAAAAAGUGAAAGAAAAACCCAAGAUUGUCGGCAAAGUUAUUUCUGUCAAAUAUGCUGCCAAAAGUAUUGAUGAGGAGUAUAUAAGGAGGCUCCUGGGACAGUUUGGGGCUAUCAUCAAAAUUAUAAUGUUCCCGUCAUUGGCAUUUGUGGAAAUGGGCUCUAAUGAUCAAGCCGGAGAUAUUGAAAAAUACUUCACUUCAAAUCCAUUGGAAGUGGAGGGAAGUCAGGUUGUCUUCACUAUAUCAGAAGCAUUUAAGUUUCUUAAGAGUUCCAAGGUGGUGUGUUUCUCACCCUUACCUGCUGGAGAAGGACUGACCAGUGAGCUUACAGCCAUUGCAAAACGAUUUGGUCCUGUGAAGAACACCCUGUUUUUACCUUCUCGGGCCUAUGUAGAAAUGACCAAUGCAGCAGAUGCAGAAGCCAUGGUAAAUCAUCAUGCCUCCCAACCAUUGAAACUGAAAGGGACUGUUAUUCAAGUGGACUACUCCUCAGAGUAUGAAACACUGAAGGAUUGUGCACCUGAGAAAAGUACAAAAUGUAAAUCCCCUGAAAAGCACACUAGGAGAAGUCACAGAUCCAGAAGCCAAUCUCGAAGUCCCAGGAGGAAGUCCAGAGACCGAAAAGACUCGAAAGAGACAACACAUUCUUCCCAAAGCCAGAAAGAUUCAAAGGAGAGAACACAUUCAUCAUCACACCAUCGAAGCAGCUCUGCUCCAAAAGAGGAGAAGCCCAAAGGGAAAUCUCAAGAUUCUCCCCCAAAGCCAGUUCCUCGGAAGGUUUCUGAAGGGAAGGUGAGCACUGACAAGGAGGGCAAAACAAGUGAGGAAGUAAAGCCGCCUGGAGCCUUGGAAGCACACAACUCUGACAGUGACUCAGACCUGGAGGGAGUAGCAGUGAUCGCAGAGGACGACGAAAUGGAGGGCGUGGAAAUUCUCGAUGCAGUGGACUCCGAUGGGAUUGAGGUGGAGGAGGAGGAUGACGAGCAGGUGGCCUCCAGAGACGGAGAUCAAGAUGGAGAGCAAGAAACGGAGGAGGCCGAAGUCCAGGAGAAGGCAGCAGCUGAGGUUGAGUCUGAACCUGCAGAAGAGAAACUCUCAUCUGAGGGCUCAAACAGAGUUAGUCGUUCAGAGAAAUCAGAAGCGUGUGAAGAGGCGACAGAGAGUGGGGCGUUGGUGUCCUCUAGCAGUAAGGAGGAACACAAGGCACAACGCACUGCAGAGGGAUCCGAAAAAGGAGAGACUCAUUCUCAGUCUGAAAAAGAAGUCAUAGAAGUGACCUCUGGAGGAGAUCAGGAGAAUGAGGAACUAAAUGAGAGCACAGCUCAGGACGUGGAAGACACAGCCGGAAACAAGGAGGAGGCACCACAAGACAUGGAGGAUGGGUCAGCAGAGAUGGAGCAGGUCGCAGAUGAGGAGGAAGAAUUUGAUUUUCCAGAGAGCCUUGAGAACUUGAUUACUUUAGAUGAGAUUGAUGAUGAGGAUUCAUCAGAUGAACAAGAUGCAAAGAAAUCACAAAGUUCGGUUUUAGAUCAGAGAGUCAUCUGCCUCAGGAAUUUGCCACAGGCAUAUUACACAGACGAAGAGUUUUGGAAGAUUGGGAAGAGGUAUGGAAAGGUGGCGCGCUACUUCCUGAUUCGAAAUCGAUGCGAGGGCUUCAUUGAAAUGGAGAAUGGUGAUGAUGCGAAGAAAGCAGUGAGCGACUUGACACGAAGGAAAUUUAUAUUUCACAAUUAUGCCUUGGAGGUUGCACUCUCUUGGAAAUACAAGAAACUUGUCAAUGCAUGGGUUCCCGAACCUGAGAAAAAAGACAAACACCAGUGCAGCAAAAGCAGUGAGAGCAGAGAAAGGAGCCGGUCACGCUCAAGUUCCAAAUCCAAGUCCCAGUCGAAGCAGUCUCCAACAGAAUCCAAGGACAAGAAAUCUGAUCAAAACAAGAAGCUUCGAGAGGAUUCAGAAGCUUCGGCAGAAAAGCCCAGUGAGACUUCCAAGAACCAAGAAAAAAGUAGUCCAAACAAAGAUUCCUCACAAAAGGCCGGGGAGGAGAGCCAAUCGCCUGUCAGAGAGGAGUCUGUGAGCACUGACAAGGCAGCCACCAACAAAGAGACCACAGUGGCACAGCCCAUCAAGGCAAAGCAAGACGAAGAUGAUGGUCUUAGCCAAUACCAGCCAAACAAUCCUGUCGGGCAGGAGUUUGUGCGACCUGUCGUGGGAUACUUCUGUAACUUGUGCAACAUCAUCUAUGCCACCGAAGAAGAGGCCAAAAAUGAACACUGCAGUAGCCUGCCUCAUUUCCAGAAGUUUAAGGAGCAUUUGGAAAAGACGAAGACCUGAACAGGAGUUGUUUUUUUUUGUUUUUUUUUUUUUUUUAACUGACUCAUGCCAUUUUUCAACUUCCAACAGCCUUAUAAUUGUUGUUCACAUACCAUGAUGUUUUUGCUAUUUUGUUAAACUGAGCAAAAAAUGGCACAUAAUUCUAUGUUGAAAUAAGUCCCCUGUUUUUGUUAAGAUUACCAUGUCUCAUAAUAACUGUCAUUUAUGAUUAAAGUUUAGAAAGCAGGAAUGUUAAA